AUGUCUAACGACAUUCCGGUCGCUUAUGAUUUGUCCUCCCAUCAUGCUCUUGGUGGGGGCUCGUAUGCUUUCAAAUCGGACUAUCCUUCAUACCUCAAAACUUUGCUCCGAGAUCCAAGCCACAGAACCGAAGUAAACAUCAUCAUUCAACCAAAUUGCUCGCCACAUGUGGGCACACUCUGCAGCCUUGGCCUUGCGUUCGUCGUUGCUCGUCGCCUGAUUGACAUCGGCCUUGACGUUUCGGUGACUUGUGACCUCUGGGACCGCGCAAAGGGCGAGCAAUACACGAUAGAUGGGGUGGCAUACCAAAGAAGCCUUCGGGACAAAGGCACAUUCCAACGGUAUCUGCCACACUACGUCGAGAUACUUUCAACACUCAGCGAACGAUACAGAGUCCCCCAUCACCUUCGGAUGGAAGAAGAAUUUCUCAGCAAUCAAGCCAUUCCCGGCGUGUUACAGGACUUGAUCCUCAAUCGAGAGUUCUAUGGCCGAUAUCUAGCACCAGGCCGAGCUGCGUUGGCCAUCCGGGCUGGAUGCCCAACAUGUGGGUUGGUCGAGAAAUAUGGCACCAAGAAUAUCUAUGCCGAGGAUGGUUCGAGCGUUUCAUUCGAAUGCCCUUCGCAUGGAAGAUUCUCUUACAGCACUAAAACAGAAUGCAACCAGUUCCAGUUCAAUUGCCAACUCUUCAAUUUGGUUCUUGGCCUCUAUUACGAAAGAGUUUCGUACAACUGGAUCGAAAUUUGUGGGAGCGAUUACGCCGGGUUUUGGCAAGAACAGCUCCUUUGGCGCUUCUUAUCGAAACCUAUCACCAUCGUCUACACGCCUCUCAUCUCCGAUUGGUCUGGCUCAAAGGUCUCGAAGAGCCUCUAUCUCCAGGAGACUGCGUACCAUUAUCUACGAGAAGCCGGGCAGGAGUACCUGCUUAAUUAUGGAGUAUGUCGCAAGGAAGGAAAAGACCUUAACAUUCUUUGGGAUGAAAUUGAGCGGUGGGUUGACGAGCCGUUUCGCCUUUUUCGUGGAUACAGUAUCCACUACCUCCAUCUUCUUUUUGAGGGAAAGUCUAUCAACCUUGGGACCAUCCAUCAGGGGAAAAGAGUACCUCGUCUAAGCCCCGAAGAAGAAACGGUGCAUAAUGAGCUAAAGGAAGGAUCACAAGACUGUGAGAACACAUGUCGUGGUGACGAUGCUGCAUGA